GACCCGGUAGUCCACCACCAGACGGCACGCAGCAGGCAGCAUACCAUGCCGGCACGGGGCGCAGCUCUCUUACUGUUGUCCGCGGCGCUCGUCGCCGUGCGCGCUGCCUACCUGAAGGAGAAACCGGCUUUUCUGACGACAUGCUACCUCAAGGACCCGCAGUUCGAAGACUGUUUCGUGAAGCAGCUGCAAUCAAUCUUCGCACGGCUUGUUGACGGGUUCCCCGAGAUCGGCGCACUGCCGCUGGACCCCCUGGAGGUGACGCAGGUCGCGGUGCUGGCCGACGGUGAGGGACCAGUGGCGGUCAACUCGACGCUCACCGGCAUGAAGAUCCGCGGACUCUCGCAGGCAAAGGCCGUCCAGCACAGGUUCAAUCCGAAGACGCUCAGCCUGGACAGCCGGCUGCAAAUCCCUCGGCUGAGCAUCGACUCCAAGUACAAGCUGUCCGGGCGCCUCCUGGUGCUGCCCAUCAACGGCAACGGCGACGUACAUAUAGAGCCCGAGAACAUGGACGUGAGGGUUCACCAAAAAAUGUCCUUGGUAGAGCGAGAAGGUCGUCGCUUCUUCCACGUCGACAGCUCGAAGGUCAACUUCACUGUCGGUGGUCUCAAGAUGGAGUUCACGAACCUUUACAAUGGCCAGAAGGCCCUGGAGGAGAGCACCAACAAAUACCUGAAUGACAACUGGGAGGUGGCAUUCGACUCGCUGAAGCCAGUGCUCACAGAAACUAUUGAAGACUUGCUGACAAGUAUUCUGGGUCGUUUGCUGGACAAGGUGCCAGUAGAGUACUUCGUUGGAGACAUCUCGUCUGUUUCAUCUUAAUACUCAAAUAACGAGACAAGACCUGUAUCGCUUAAUCGCACCAACAGCAACUAAAGGAUGACUUGCCUGUCAUGGCAAAUUAUAUCAAAAACAUUAGCAAAUUCGCACAAAAUUUGAAUAUUUGUAAAAGGAUUGAAGAAACGAGAAAUGUCUUAAUAAUGUGCAGAAGAAAAUGUCUGUAUAGUCCAUUCCAUUCAACACAGUUUUUCUACAUCUAUUAGGCCUCCUUCAGUCUUUCUAUUAAUAUAACAGUAUAUAAAAUGCGAUACGAUGCCAUAAAGUAAGAAAGCAGACCAAUUUCACGGGAAAAUUUAUUGAGGCUUAAAAAAAUUAUAUACAGCCAUAAUAAUAAGUACGCUAACAAUCUGAAGCCUGUCUUCCUAUGAAGAACUUUGCCAUUAUUGUACUGUAGCAAGUGACUUAGCAAGCCUAGUUCCUAAAAUGAAAUGGAAGCAAAUAGAAUCAUUGUCACAAUGACAUCUAGAUUAUAUAAUUUAUAAUGUACUUCUUUUCUUUUUUAUAUUCUUUUGAGUGUUUUUUAUUCUGUUGCUGUUUUUAAACCCAUACAAAUGUGAAGUCUAAAUUAAAUUUCAUUAAAAUGCGAGAAAAAAUAAAGUUAGUUGUCUUUACCAAUAUUUAUACAGAAAAAUAUUCUAUUCCUCUAUGACUUUGAGUUUGCAUUUCUUACAGAGUGCCAAUAAAAUAACUUGGAUAUAACACUAUCUCAAAGUUUUUCAUUUAUGAGGUAGAAUAUUUGCAAUAUUUUUAGUCUGUAUAUGUUGUCCAUAUCAUAAUUCACCUCAGAUUAAGACUGUUUUGAAGACAGUUGACAAUUCAAUAAUUUUAACAAACAUUACACAUAAGGCACCCUUUAGUAUAAUAGGUACUCAACUAAAGUGUGAUUGGAAUUUCUCAUAUUGAGAAACUGAAAGGAGCAAUCUAUAUUUACUAGAAAAAAAUUUUCAUAGCUGAGAUUGCAUAAAUAAUUUUUUAGUAUUGAUGACCAGUUUUGACUGCUGGAACUCUCAUUUUCUGAUCUUCCAAAAAUUUUUGGUCAUAAAUUGUAUUGCACUAUACAUCUAUCACACUUGUCAUCUAGUCACAUUCUGUUGUCACUAUGGUGGAGAAAAUAAAGCACAUUAUCCAUAGGUUUGUCACAAUUAAAACCAUAUAUGGAGGAAAAGUACCUUGUGCAAACGAGCAAGUCACAUGUAGCACUCCACUGAUGCUUGUUGGUUGUUCAAGUGCACAAUAUAGACCAAAAAUGCACAUUUGUACAAAUUAUUACAUUUACAUGACAUGUUAUAUACAUCAUGGAUACUCCUCAGCCGAAGUAAUGGUGCAAAUGCAAAUUCUCCACAGUAAUGGCUACUUGGCAUAAGUGUUACAUGCAUAAUAGAAAAUGAUAUAUACCCAAAAAAAUAUUUAAGAUCAGAUGAUGACAGUUUCAACUGUCAAAAUUGGUUCUCAAUAAUAAAAAUUAAUUGAUGCUAUCUCAGUUAUUAAAAGUUUUUCAUAGUUAGAUUUUUAAAAUUAUUUGUAGAAAUGUGUAUGUAUGCAAAAAUGUUUGCUUCCCUUCCAUGCACUAAGGGUAAAACAAUGAACUUAUCAUCACAGAUUACGAAAUAAAGUACAGAUUACAUAAACAUCUUUUACUGUAAAUCACUCUAAGAUUCAAAGUGAUAGGCUAUUCAUAUAAUGUGGCAUAUGAUUUACAAAAAUAAUUGCUUCAUAAUGUAUUUAUAUAUGUAGCAUUUAUAAUUUCAAUUGUAAUAGUUUCAGAACAAUCCUAUCAAACCUUUACUCACAUAAUUCAGCGUGAAAUACGAUGAUAACAUCUGUUUUUAUAUUUGAGACUUCUGAGUCUUAGAUUGUUGAAACACUUUGCAACAUUUGUGUGUCAUUUGCUCUAGUCUAUUGCAUCCUCAUAUUUUCUAGUUACUGUUUGUGCUGCCAACAUUUUCAGUUCAUUUCUUUUCCAAAUUUGUACUGUAAUAAACUUCUAAAUUUUC